AGACAGUGGCGGGAACAGACGGGUUAGAGUUAAAGUAACCCGGAUGUGACAGUUAGCUAGCUACAGACAUGACGGUGUUAAAUUAAACCCGGGUAACCAUCCUCCACUCUGACAGUUAGUUUCACUGAUUAACAGACGUUUCAGUUUCAGUCCAGAGACAGAAACUGUUUCAACUUCUCUUCCUCUUUUAAAAGACUCUUAAACUAACCAAGUUAUUAACCAGCUAACUGAUUAACUAACCAGCUACUUAGCAUGGCAGCUAACCGCUCUGCUAGCUUAAUAAGUCGCCUUGAAGCGAAUGCUGAACUUCAACGCUCCUCCUCUGAAGAACACAGCAGCUGAGCCAGUAUGGAAGGUGUUGAUAUACGACCGGUUUGGACAGGACAUCAUCUCCCCGCUGCUGUCAGUCAAAGAGCUGAGAGACAUGGGCAUCACCCUGCACCUGCUGCUUCACUCAGACAGAGAUCCCAUUCCAGACGUCCCAGCCAUCUACUUCAUCAUGCCCACAGAGGAGAACAUCGACAGGAUAUGUCAGGACCUGAGGAACCAGCUGCAUGAGUCGUACUUCCUGAACUUCAUCUCGGCCAUCAGCAGAAGUAAACUGGAGGACAUCGCCAACGCCGCUCUGGCUGCGAACGCCGUCACCCAAGUCACCAAGGUUUACGAUCAGUACCUGAACUUCAUCACUCUGGAGGACGACAUGUUCGUACUCUGCCACCAAAACAAGGAGCUCAUCUCCUACCACGCCAUCAACAGAGCGGACAUCCAGGACACGGACAUGGAGGCCAUCAUGGACACCAUCGUGGACUCUCUGUUCUGCUUCUUCGUCACACUCGGUGCGGUGCCGAUCAUUCGUUGUCCUCGAGGAAACGCUGCAGAGAUGGUCGCUGUGAAGUUGGAUAAGAAGCUCCGUGAGAACCUCCGAGACGCCAGAAACAGUCUGUUCACCGGAGACAACAUGGCCGCCGGUCAGUUCAGUUUCCAGAGGCCUCUGUUUGUUCUGGCUGAUCGUAACGUGGACAUGGCCACGCCCCUCCACCACACCUGGACCUAUCAGGCGCUGAUCCACGACGUCCUGGACUUCCAGCUGAACAGGGUGAUGAUGGAGGAGGGCGCGGGGGCGGAGCCGUCUCCUGCCGGUGCCAGACCAAAGAAGAAGAACAGAAAGACCUACGACCUGACGGCUGCAGACAAGUUCUGGCAGAAACACAAGGGCAGUCCCUUCCCAGAGGUGGCCGAGUCGGUCCAGGAGGAGCUGGACACGUACAGAGCUCAGGAGGAUGAAGUCAAACGCCUGAAGAGCAUCAUGGGUUUAGAAGGAGAAGAUGAAGGAGCCAUCAGCAUGCUGUCAGACAACACGGCCAAGCUUACCUCUGCUGUCAGCUCUCUGCCCGAGCUGCUGGAGAAGAAGAGGCUGAUCGACCUGCACACCAACGUGGCCACAGCUGUCCUCGACCACAUCAAGAGUCGCAAACUGGACGUUUACUUUGAGUAUGAAGAGAAACUGAUGAGCAAGGCCACUUUAGACAAAUCCCUGCUGGACAUCAUCAGUGACCCAGAUGCCGGUACGCCUGAAGACAAAAUGAGACUCUUCCUCAUCUACUACAUCACCGCUCCACAAGCUCCGUCAGAGACGGACUUGGAGCAGUAUAAGACGGCGCUGUUGGAUGCAGGCUGCGACCUUUCACCUCUAAACUACAUCAAACAGUGGAAAGCGUUUACAAAGAUGGCCGCCACUCCAGCAAACUACGGCAAUAGCGGAGUCAAACCCAUGGGGUUGUUUUCCAGAGUGAUGAACACGGGCUCUCAGUUUGUGAUGGAGGGAGUGAAGAACUUGGUGCUCAAACAGCAUGUGAGUAACACUCUCUCUCUGCAGCCGGACCCUCGACUUCAGUUCAUGUGAACAUCCUCCAAACCC